UACAAUUUAUAAAAUUCGUUCAUCAAAUUAUAUUUAUUCGUUUUAAUAUUAUAAUUUGCAUGAUUAUUUCAGAAACAAAGCUGCUGAACUACUACUUUCCCCCACCACCUGGGAGGGAAUUUAAUUCAGCUUCAUUUUAUAUUCAUCGAUCGACAUUAUAUUAUUCGUCGGAAGAAAAAUUAUUGUAUUAUUAUUAUUAUUAUUAAUAUUCGCUCUAAAUAUAUAUAUUUAUACGCGUUAAUUAAUUACGAAUUAUGGAAAAUUUUGGUUCGGAUGAUCUCGUGAAGGAGCUAUCACAAGGGAGGGAACUGGCUAAUCAGCUGCUAAUCCAUUUUAAUUACGACCGGUCUUCAUCGUCGAACGAAACUCGAGAUUUUCUAAUCCAACAAAUAUUAUCUUCUUACGACAACGCUCUUUCCGCCCUCCGACAUAGCCGCUAUGGUGGUGGUGCCGCCCCACCGCCGCCACCUGCCACAUCAGACUCUCCGCUGUCACUCGCCGGAAGUCCCCACCGUAGCGAUGAUUCCGAUGAUCAAGAUUUCAACGACCAACCUUCCAAGAAAAAAAAGGCAUCAUCGGCAAUUACGUGGAUGCAGAAGGUGAAAGUAUGCACAGAAACAGGAAAUGAAGGACAACUUGAUGAUGGCUAUGGCUGGAGAAAGUACGGCCAGAAAGACAUCCUCGGAGCAAAAUAUCCCAGAGGUUACUACAGAUGCACCCAUAGAAACGGUCAGGGCUGCAUGGCUACAAAACAAGUUCAAAGUUCCAACGAAGAUCCAACCAUUUUCGAAAUCACAUACAGAAGAAAGCACACGUGCAAUCCACGCGCAUACCCCACUAAUACCCCGUCUGUACCCGCAACAAUGCCCGACCCACAGAAUGAAGAUCCAAACCCAUUCACCCAAAACCCACAACAAAUAGUGGGCCGACCCGAACAACAUGGACCGCUUUUCAACAUCCAAACAAGCCUUCGAGUUAUAACCCAAGAUUUAGGCACUAAUAAUAAUCUAAACCCAUCAUCAUUUGACCCGUUUAAUUUCCCUUCAUCACCAACCAUUAAUUUCGAAAACAAUAUUCAAAUUUUCUCAGAUCUUAACAAUAAUUUGGGAAAUUACUCUCAUAAUCUCGAUCUUUUGUCCCCUGCGACUUCCGGGUCGGAUUAUUUCCCGAUUUCGCCCAAUUUCCCCAAUUUAUUACCCACUUCAGAAUCUGAACUCAGCCCAAUUGUUGCAUCCAUGACUUCUGGUACCACAUCCCCUACUCUAGGUACCCGUUUCCCAUUCGGGUCAAAUUUCUUCUUUGGAGACCCGGGGUAUUAUCCUUAAUUCAUGUGUGCAUUGCAAUUUCAAGAUUUUAUUUCAAUUUGGUUUAAUUAGUUUAAUUAUCGUACCAUGUUUUUUUUCUUUUCUAGUGAGGUGUAACAUGUUUUGUUGGAUGAUUAAGAAGCCAGGUUUAAAUGCAA